UUUUUAAUUUUUUUCUCAAUUUUUCCAAAUAAAAAAAUUUACAACAAAAAUCUAAAUAAAAUAUCCACCCCCCAACCACACUUCCCACCCUUUUUUCCUUUCUCUGUAUCUCUUCUUCCGUUUUUUUUAUUUUCUCAGUACACACUUUCACAACCAAACUAAACCAAACCAUGGUCAACACAUACAUUGAGAACUGCAUCAAGGACUGGACCCCGACGCACGCCAAGUUGGCCGAAAUGGUUCUUGACAAGAACGGCACUGUGCCGCUCUCACAGCGCUACCGCGCGCUCUUCAGCCUCAAGGGCAUGGGCGACGACAUCGCUGUACAAAUCAUCGGCGAAGCCCUCGCCAACCCAGCAGACUCUGAGCUCUUCAAGCACGAGGUAGCAUACUGCCUGGGCCAAAUGGGCAACAAAGCAGCGAUCCCAGCGCUCAUCGAAGCCAUGGCCACAGAGUCCCUCCACGAUAUGGUGCGCCAUGAGGCUGCAGAAUCCCUUGGUGCGCUUUCCGACCCUUCGGUUAUCCCGGAGCUCGAAAAAUACGUUAAUUCUUCGUGCCAGCCCCUGGCAGAAACCUGUGUUUUGGCUUUGGAGAAGAUCAAGUUUGAUCAUUCGGCGGAAGUCCAGAGUGCCGACCCGAGCCCCAAGGAUCGCGCCUAUGCGUCAAUCGACCCUGCGCCGGCAACUACGGCGACCAAGUCAGUGGAUGAGCUCAAGAUAAUUUUGUGCAAUCCGGAGGUUGGCCUGUGGAAGAGAUACCGGGCGAUGUUUGCUCUGCGGGAUAUUGGCACUGAAGAGGCUGUUUUGGCUCUGGCAGAGGGUAUGGAGACGGAUAAGACUAGUGCGUUGUUCCGCCAUGAGAUUGGUUUUAUUUUUGGCGAAAUGCAGCAUCCUGCGAGUGUACCGGCGUUGGCAAGGAUUUUGGCGAAUUCUGAGGAGGAAUCAAUGGUGCGUCAUGAGGCUGCUGAGGCUUUGGGAUCGGUGGCUACGCCUGAGGUUAACGGGAUCUUGGCCCUGUAUAUUAAUGACGCCGAGCCGGUUGUCCGCGAUAGCUGUAUCGUUGCCCUGGAUAUGUUUGAGCAUGAGACGAGUGGUGAGUUCCAGUACGCUGUUAUUCCUGAGGACGAGUCUGUGCCAAAGUCUGCCGAACUCAUUGCUGCCUAAACUCAUUGGCAAAUAAUAAUAAAACCGGUCAAAGCUCACAGCGUUUUAUAAAAAAAACCCUUUUUUCUCUUUCUCUCUCAAUAAAUUAAUUAAUUGUUUUUUUGGCAGUC